AUGGGUUUGGAUAAAGAAGGUACGAAGAUACACUGUCAGAUUUUAAAAUGGGGAUAUUGUCGUGUUUCUUCCGUUGCCAGUUCGCUUCUGAAUUUCUACCUGAAGAUAGAAUGUUAUUGCGAUUCUUCUGAGCCCAGUGACAAGGAAGAUGUCAGUUUAAAUGAUACGAGGAAGGUUUUCGAUGAGAUAGUUCUUAAGCCUAUAGAAUUGUGGAAUAGAAUGAUCUCUGCUUACAUGAAGCUUGACAAUGUCGAGUGUGCAGGAAGAUUGUUCGAUAAAAUGCCUGAAAGAGAUGUAGUUUCUUGGAAUUCAAUGGUUACUGGUUAUGCCAAAGCUGGGGAUGUAGAAAAGGCGAGAGAUUUGUUCGAUCGGAUGCCGGAGAAAAAUGUCAUAUCAUGGACUUGUAUGGUUGAAGCAUAUGCUAGCUCUGGAGACCGUGAUAAGGCAAAAAGAUUAUUUCAACAAAUGCCUGUCAGAAAUGUGAUUUCAUGGAAUUCCAUGAUCUCAAAUUACAAUCGGCAUGGGAAGUUCAAGGAAGCAUGGAAUCUCUUUGUCCAGAUGCAUUUGGGAGGUGUAGAUAUGGAUUGGUUUACCUUUGUCUCUGCCUUCUCUGCUUGCUCUCAGUUUGGGCAUUCUUCCAUUCUUGAUUUUUGA